AUGCCCUCCUUGAUACCAGUACUCAUAUUAUUGUGUUCCAGAACGCUCGAGGCCUUUUACGGCAUCAUAUCCGAUUGCGAUGAGGUGUUCAACUAUUGGGAGCCUUUGAAUCUGCUUACGAGGCUUUUUGGGAAGCAAACGUGGGAAUAUUCGCCCGAAUAUGCUAUCCGGUCGUACGCUUACCUUCUUUCCUUCACCAUUUUCAAUAAGCCGCUGAGGAUUAUUGCAGCAUUGGUACCAAGUGUGCAGAUUCCACCAUAUUUACAAUUUUAUCUUGUGAGGCUUGCCAUUGCCCUUUCCACAGCAUCUGCCGAGAUACAUUUGGCAAACACUCUGGCAUACGUUUCGCCUGAUGUGUCCAAUUGGUUUCUGAUCUUGCAAGCAGUGAAUCCUGGUAUGUCCCACGCAUCUAUAAGUCUUCUACCCAGCUCGUUCGGCAUGAUUUUCACGCUUCUGGCUACCGCCUCAAUAGUCAACUAUUUGAAAUAUGACAGGUUUAUCUUGAAGAUUCAAAACAACAUUAACGAAAAGCUGCGAUCUUUGAUCAAGACAAAGGCUCCAGAAUAUGACGAGAGUCUCAAGCUACUGAAUCACAUGUAUACGGAAUCUAUGAUCGCAAGAAAGAGACAUUUCACUAUGGCAAUUCUUUUCUUCGUGGUUGGAGGUCUUGUAGGAUGGCCAUUUUGCUUUGCCCUGGUCGUUCCUUUUGGCCUCUACGUUUCAUUCGCACUCAUAUCCAGAAGGUCGUACUCCCAGUUACUCACUUUCGGUGCUCUAGGGUUUGCUGCAAUCUUAUUUAUCUCUAUUGUCAUCCUGCAAAUCGAUACUUUGUUCUACAGAGAAACCACUUUUGUCCCAUUGAACAUUGUGCUGUACAAUGUACUCCACUCGGAUGAAAAGACAGGUCCCAACAUAUUCGGAACUGAACCAUUGACUUACUACGUCCACAACCUCCUACUUAACUUUAAUCUCGUGCUGCCUUUGGCCGUGUUGGGACUUUUGUCGCCAGUCGCAUUCGAGAAAUUUAACCUGAAGCAGAUAAAGACAGUGCAGACCCCCAUUAUUCUGUGGUGUGCCAUUUUCUUUUCACAGCCCCACAAAGAAGAACGCUUCCUCUACCCAAUUUAUCCUUUGGUCACACUAUCUGCCUCGUUCUUCAUUUCUCAAAUCACCCAAAUAUUCGGCAAGACGUACUUUUUCGCUAGAGCCUACACUUUCCUGUGCAAAAUCGUCUUGUUCGCUACCAUUUUCUCUGUUUCAGUUUUGCGAAUUGUGUCCCUGGUGUCAAAUUAUAGCUCACCCCUAACGGUCUUCCGAUAUCUGCCUGCAUCAAAUACCGAUGUCCCAGAAAAUGUCUGCAUAGGCAGAGAAUGGUAUCACUACCCUUCCUCAUUUUUCUUGCAUCCUAACCAGCGGCUGAGAUUUGUUGAAAGCGGGUUUAGGGGCAUGCUCCCAGGUGACUUUGUGGAGCCAACAUCCAAUUCCUGGGCGGCCCUAUUCAUUGCUACGUCAACAAAGCGCCAGGGAUUUAACAAUGAAAAUCGGUACAAUCCAGAUUUGGUUAUUCCAUUAAGCGAAUGCGAUUACUACAUUGAUCUAGAUAUGCCUGUCAACCCAGAAAUGGGUGAGAUUCAAGUGUUUGAAAAAGCCAAGACGGCUGAAGACUGGGAGCUUCUUGUAUGUGACAAAUUCCUAGACACGGAAAACAGUUAUGGUAUCGACAAGAUCCUUUAUAUCCCAGAUAGAGAAAUUACUAUUAUCACUGAGCGGUUGGACUCAUUAUACAACAGAGCUCAAGGCCAUCAUCAUGUGCAAAAACUUCUGUCCACCCCUACGCACAGAAGAUUUUCAACCACCAAGUGGUCGUCUCUUUACAGUCACUGGCAGGGCAACUCAAGCAUUGGAUAA